UAUCAAUUGCGGAAUCCAGUGAAGCAUGAUGCGAUGAGAGGGGCAUAUGCUUUGCGGUGAAGCACGCCUUGUGGAAGGUGUGAAAGGAACGCCAAGGCUUGGCCCAGUCGCAUCAGGCAGGAACAAGAACAAAGCUGAUGGUACACCGAGAUGCGCCGAAGCGUGCGACCAUGCCAUAUGUUGCUCUCAAAUUCGAGAAGGGCCGUAGCGGCCAUUACGCCAUCGUUCGGAGGCGAAGACCUGGCUAUGCUCCUGAGUAUAGAAAGCCUGCAGUUCCCUUUAGCAGGUUGGAACAUCCACUACGACUCAACAUCGAUAACUGAAACCUCAAACUCUGACGCAAAUAGACCAGAUCCAGGAAUAUGGCGCCUUCUGAGUUGUACAAGCAUGGUCUGCUUGGAAUGCUUUUCCUUGCACCAACCCUUGUACAUGGCCAGAGCAGCAAAGCAGACAGUAUUCAGACCUGUCUCACAAGCGCAGGCGUACAAUCGACGAUAUCAACGGAUGAGACCUGGGCCAACGACACAGCGUCCUUCCAAUUCCGACUUCCACGACAGCCUGUCUCUGUCGCCUUCCCCGAAACCAAAGAUGAUGUCGCAUCAGCUCUCGGAUGUGCACGGAAUGCGUCAGUGAAGGUAUCUGUCCUUGGUCGUGGACAUUCCUUCCAAGGCUACAGCUUUGGAACCCCAGGCAAUCUUGUCAUCGAUAUGGGCGCAUUCACUGAAUUGAGCUUUGAUGAUUCGACGAACCAACUGACCUUCGGAGGUGGAUCGAACGUGGGACCUACUGCUAAGUACGUUCACGACAACUUUGGACGUCACUUUCCGCACGUGAGAGGUUCUCAUGUCGGCCUGACUGGAAGUUCGUUCGGCGGUGGCUUCGGCACGACUAGCAGGCUUCUCGGUAUCCCUUCCGACAAUCUCGUUUCUGUUGAGUACAUGCUUUACAACGGUACCAUUGUCAACGCUGGUCUUGGUUCGGAUCUCCUUUGGGCGGCUCAGGGCGCUGGCUCGAACUUUGGAGUUGCUCUUUCUGCAACGACCAAGACAUACGACCUUCCUUACAAUGGAGCCGUGAGCUACUCGAUUGCCAUUGGGGAAGUGGGCACUGAUGCCGCUUCUACUGCGCUUCUAGCGAUCCAAAAAUGGGUGCUUGAUGGUCAGGCGCCGGACACGCUCUCUCUGCGCUUCAGCUUGUCCAACUUCGCGUCUGCCGGGUUUUUCUAUGGCCCAGAAGCAGAUUUUGACUCCGCCAUCGCGCCACUUGUCGAAUCUCUCCAAUCUAUCAGCCCAGCUGUCAACCUCACAAAGACCAUUAUCCCAACGUUCUGGGAGUCGGAGGUAGCAGCGACUGGUAGUGGCAUGAACUUGCCGACUGGAGGCACGCUCGGUGGCCGCGCGUCACUCGUUCAGUCGUGGACCACGACCAAUCAGCACCCGUUCACCUUGACGCAAGCAAAAGCAUUGCUGGAUGGAUAUGAUUCACUCAACCGCACCGAUAUCACCGGUUCUGGGUUCCUCGAUCUGUGGGGCGGAGUCAGCCGUAACGUCGCCGACAGCGAUCACGCGUUCGCGCACGGCAACAACCUCUGGCUGGUCCGUGUUGAUGGAGUUGGAGCGGGUGGUGUCUGGCCGAGCGAUGGCGUUGCAUACAUGCAGAAUCUCUUCAAGCCGUUCGAGGAUACUUUAAUGAAGUCUGCUCCGCUCCGUAGUUUUGUGAACUACGUGAACUCGGAACUCAGCGUAAAGGAAUGGAGCUCUAGGCUGUAUGGUGCCAACUACGCAAGGCUUCGCAAGAUUAAGGCUGCCGUUGACCCUACAGAUCUCUUCUCUGGAUUCGGCCUCGCGAUCCAAACUACGAUAUCUAGGCGAUCCAGAUAGCACAAGGGUCGCUAAGCAAUAGCCUUCUCAGUGGAGGUUCAAACAUAUCGGAUUCAAUAACCCUAACUUCUGUGCAAGACAUGCCCUCGAGUCAAGUUGCGAAUCUACAAAAGCUUAAAGGUAGAGGAUAGCAUCAAAGUGCGCGAUAGAUGGACGGGUGAGAGGCGGCACGCCGCCCCG